CGGCCAAAACUUCAGCCGCGCCAGCCGCCAUCUUGAUUCCUACCUUGUGGCCCUGUAUUCCGUCGCCAGCGGCUGAGCAUGAAGAGAAUAAUUCUGUUCGAUGUUGACGGGACUCUAACUAAAGCGAGGAACCCCAUUACAAAGGAAUUCAAAGCUUUCCUUGAGGCUUUGCAUGAAAAAGUCGCCAUCGGUCUCGUGGGCGGCUCAGAUCUAGCGAAAAUCCAGGAACAGGUCGGGCAUGACUGUGUACAUAAAUUCGAUUACGUGUUCUCUCAGAAUGGACUCGUGGCUCACAAGAAGGGAGAGCAUUUCCACAACCAGAGCUUCUUGGAAUUCAUCGGAGAAGAACGACUGCAGGCGUUGAUCAACUUCUGUCUCAAAUACAUAGCUGAUCUGAAACUCCCAAAGAAGCGCGGAACUUUCAUCGAAUUCCGGCAGGGCAUGAUGAACGUGUCUCCAAUUGGACGGAACUGUUCUCAGAACGAGAGGGACGAGUUUGAGAAGUUCGACAAGGAACACAAUAUACGGAAAACAAUGAUUUCUGCUCUAAGAGAGAAAUUCCCAGAUUCCGGGCUGAGCUUCGCAAUCGGAGGGCAGAUCUCGUUCGAUAUCUACCCAGACGGCUGGGACAAACGAUAUUGCUUAAAGUUCGUGGAGGGGGACGGUUACGAUGAAAUUUUUUUCUUCGGCGACAAGACGUAUCCAGGCGGCAACGAUCACGAGAUUUUCGAAGACCCUCGCACUAAGGGCCACACCGUGACCAGCCCCGAUGAUACGAUGCAGCAGCUCAAAGCACUGUUUCAGCUGUGAUAAACCAGAACCCCUCGUUGAAAAUGAACAGUCCACCGUCGCGGAUGCGAAGAUCUCUCCGCCCCCGGGGCAUUAUGUCUUUCACCUGAUCUGCCUAACUGGUUUGCAGG